AUGUUCUACGCGCACUUUGUGCUGGCCAAAAAAGGCCCUUUGGCCAAGAUUUGGCUGGCGGCACACUGGGAUAAAAAGUUAACCAAAGCUCAUGUCUUUGAAACCAAUAUUGAGAAGCCUGGUAUGGUGGACUUGCCCGAGGAACACAGAGAGGCGGCCAUGAAUGCCAUAACAUUACCAGAGGUCUUUCAUGAUUUUGAUACUGCUAUGCCUGAACUGAACGAAGUGGAUAUUGAGGCCCAAUUCUCCCUGAAUCAGUCUAGAGCUGAGGAGAUUACAAUGAGGGAAGACUAUGGCUCCCUAAACUUGGUCACACAUGAUGAUGGCUUUGGGGACAUGGGAUUUGAUACUGAUAACCCUGAUAUCAUGAGAGAAGCCAUUGGCAAUGAAGGGGCUCUAGAGCAGAGCAACCUGCUGUUCGCGGACGGGUCGUCGCUGGAGCUGACGGGCAAGGAGGCGGGGCCCAGCGCGCCCCGCGACGCGCCCCGCCUCGAGCCCGCGCCCGCCCACUUGGACGACGGCUUCGGGGCCAACAUCGCCGACGUGCCGGACUUUGGGCACGCGGGAGGACUUUUCGAAGGCGAUCUAUUCGGCGACGUAACUGCAGGCAGCUCAGGCGCGGGGACAUCGGCUGGCCUCCCGGGCACUUCCACCCAGCCCCAGUCUUUGCAGGCGGAGAUCGAGGCGGCGGGCGAGCGCGCGGCCGAGACGGACGCGGCGGCCGGCGACGCGCACGACUCCGACGACGACAUGCCCGACCACUACGACGCCGGCAACUCGCCGCAGCACAGCUGGGGUGGGUCCCCUCCACACGAGCCUGACACUCCGAGGCCCAUGGACACCGAUGGAGCUGAUCUCAUGCCACCUCCAGCAGUACCUCGCCCGCCCUCAGUCAGGCCAAUGGAAGUGGAUAAUCCUGAAAUAGCUACUGCCGAAGCAGCCAGGGCAGAAACUCCCGCGCCGGCAUUGGAUACUACCACCUUGCUGAACAAUGAUGAGGAGUCUUUCGCUUUAGCGCCCGUCGACGCCACGGUUCUUAAAGGCAUCACGAAAACUAAGCGUAAGCGCAAGCUCAUCGUCGAUGAAGUAAAGAACAUAUCGGGCGAGGAGAUGAAGAAUCAGCUCAGCAAUACCUCGGACAUUGUGACCACUUUGGACCUGGCGCCGCCGACGAAGAGGCUGAUGCACUGGAAAGAGACUGGUGGUGUUGAGAAGCUGUUCUCCCUUCCCGCUAGGCCAAUACCCUCCCGUGUGUUGUUCAAGAAAUACCAACGUAACAUGACCUUACGUGGCGAGACAGAAGAAGCAGACGCGGCUGCGGCGCGCUCACCAGAUCCCGAACCGGUUCGACGUGCGGGCAGAAAACGUCGCCACGAGGAGUCAUUACAACCUCCAGAAACACCUGCUCCAUCUACUGUUGAUAUGGAGCCUCCUACACCUGUGCCUCAGGAAUAUGAACCUUCCAUCGCUUCCGAGCAGCCCGAGCCAGGCCCGCUGAGCCCGGCCAGCCCGUUCCCGGACAGCCCGCGCCCUGAAGAGUCCGAUGCGCCGCAAACGCCCGGUGGCAUGCUUAGCAGCCUAGGACCGCCCAUGACCCCGGGUGUGCUUGGGUCCUUGACACCAGGCACUUUGCUGCAGGGUGGACUGACCCCUGGCAGUUUGCAACAUGGUUCCAUGACGCCAGGCGGACUCGGGCAUGGCGGGAUGACCCCAGGUGGGCUGCAACAUGGUGACUCGCAGCCCGUUGAUCUUGGCCUCGGAAGCAGUGGGAUGACUCCUGCUGGUCUUCAUCAUGGCGGCAUGACCCCCGGUGGUAUGACGCCGGGCGGUAUGACUCCCGGCGGUAUGACCCCUGGAUUGGGUCUCGACAGUGGGAUGACCCCGGGCGGCUUGGUGCACGGCGGCUUGACUCCGGCUGGCCUUCACCAUGGGGGCAUGACACCGGGUGGUCUGGACCACGGCGGCAUGACCCCGGGCGGUCUGCAGCACGGUGGCCUGACCCCCGGCGGGCUGCAGCAUGGCGGUAUGACCCCUGGCGGCUUGCAGCAUGGCGGUCUGACCCCGGGUGGACUGCAGCACGGCGGCCUGACACCGGGUGGACUGCAGCAUGGCGGCAUCACACCCGCCGGACUGCAGCACGGUGGGAUGACGCCGUCCGGAUUGCAGCACGGCGCGCUUCUGCAGCACAGCAUGGAGCAGCUGCCGAUGAUGCCUCAGAUUGGUGGCGAGCAGGUGUCGUCGUUACUGUCGCGGUCCGUGGCGUCGUCGCAGCCGCCGCACCACGACUUGCCCCACACAAUGCCGAUGGACCCGUUGCCCCUGCACGGCCUUGACGAACAUUCCGACUACCAGGCGGGUAUGCAAAUGACAAACUUAGGUUAUGACGACCAGCAUGGACAUCAUAGCCCGCCACACGAUUAUGAUUUGCCUCUAAGUGUUGAAAAUGGAGAGGAGGGCUCCCGCGAGGCGGGCGAGACGGAGGAGCAGUUCUCGGAGCGAGUGCUGAACCGGCGCGCUGCGCAGCUGUUCGCGGUGAUGCGGCCCAAGCUGGCGUCCGAGCAGCGGCUCUCGUUCGCCGAGCUCGCGCCGCCCCACAACAACAGGAAGCAGGUGGCGCAAAAGUUUUACAGUUUAUUAGUUCUCAAAAAGCAUCAAGUUCUAAAAUUAGAACAAAACGACACCUAUGGACCUAUAACAAUCUAUAAAGGCGACGAGUUCGAGACGGAAACAAUU